CUUGUAGUGUCUGCAUCAAGUCUGGAAGCAAGGGCUCAAUUUUAACAGAAUCCACCUUAAAAUCUCUCCCUUAACUUAUGCCUACCUUCCGCCACAUUGAGUGAGAAUAUCACACGACAAGGGGGGAAAUAAAGACGCGUGUGGAAAAUUCGGGUGUUAAUAGGACAAUAUCUCUUCGCGGUGGAGAGGGGAGAGACAACAGCACAGCGAGAGAGAGAAAAAAAAAACCGAUUUGGUCUUGAGAGAGAGGGGGGUGAGUGCUCUCAAGGCAGAAAAUUCGAUGAUGACCAUGACUACGAUGGCUGACGGUCUGGAGACUCAGGACUCGUCCAAGUCUGCUUUCAUGGAGUUUGGGCAACAGUCGCACUCACAGCAGAGCUCCCCGUCGAUGGCCGGCGGACACUACCCGCUGCACUGUCUCCACUCCGGCUCACACGCUCACCACCAGCACGACAACACUCCGUACCCCGGGACCAACACCUACAACAGGUCGCUACCCUACCCUUACGUGAGCCAUCCGCACCACAGCCCGUACCUGCCAUCCUAUCACAACAACACGGGAGGACAGACAAGGUUAGACGGCACAGAGCAGCAGAAAACGACAGUGAUUGAAAAUGGGGAAAUUCGAUUUAACGGGAAAGGCAAGAAGAUUCGCAAACCUCGGACAAUUUAUUCCAGUUUGCAGCUUCAAGCACUGAACCACCGUUUCCAGCAAACACAGUACCUCGCUUUACCGGAACGCGCAGAGCUGGCUGCCUCUUUAGGACUGACACAAACCCAGGUAAAGAUUUGGUUCCAGAAUAAGAGGUCAAAGUUCAAGAAGCUGCUCAAGCAAGGAGGCAACCCACACGAGAGCGACCCCAUCCCGGGCUCCAUGUCCCUCUCCCCUCGCUCCCCGACCAUUCCUCCGAUAUGGGACGUGUCGGCCACUUCCAAAGGAGUAAACAUGCCGGCCAACAGCUACAUGCCCGGCUACUCUCACUGGUACUCGUCCCCACAUCAAGAUUCAAUGCAGAGAUAGACUGACGAGGCCAGAAAAUAAUAAAAUUUAAAAAAAAAAAAAAAAAAAAGAAAAAAAGGUCAGUGAGCUUGUCUGGAGGCCUCCACCGAUCUCCGCCAUGCAGUUUUUUCCCAACGUAGCC